AACAUGGCGAGCGCCUCGUACCACAUCUCCAACCUGCUGGAGAAGAUGACGUCCAGCGACAAGGACUUCAGGUUUAUGGCAACUAAUGAUUUGAUGACAGAGUUGCAGAAAGAUUCCAUCAAAUUGGAUGAUGACAGUGAAAGGAAGGUAGUGAAAAUGAUUUUGAAAUUACUGGAAGAUAAAAAUGGAGAAGUACAAAAUUUAGCUGUCAAAUGCCUUGGCCCUUUAGUGAGUAAAGUGAAAGAAUACCAAGUGGAGACAAUUGUAGACACUCUCUGUACUAACAUGCUUUCUGAUAAAGAACAGCUUCGAGAUAUUUCAAGCAUUGGUCUUAAAACAGUAAUUGGAGAACUUCCUCCAGCUUCCAGUGGUUCUGCAUUAGCUGCUAAUGUAUGUAAGAAGAUUACUGGACGUCUUACCAGUGCAAUAGCAAAGCAGGAAGAUGUCUCUGUUCAGUUAGAAGCAUUAGAUAUAAUGGCUGAUAUGUUGAGCAGGCAAGGAGGACUUCUUGUUAAUUUCCAUCCUUCAAUUCUGACCUGUCUACUCCCCCAAUUGACCAGCCCUAGACUUGCAGUAAGGAAAAGAACCAUUAUUGCUCUUGGCCAUCUGGUUAUGAGCUGUGGAAAUAUAGUUUUUGUAGAUCUUAUUGAACAUUUGUUGUCUGAGUUGUCUAAAAAUGAUUCUAUGUCAACAACAAGAACCUACAUACAAUGCAUUGCUGCUAUUAGUAGACAAGCUGGCCAUAGAAUAGGUGAAUACCUUGAGAAGAUAAUUCCUUUGGUGGUAAAAUUUUGUAAUGUAGAUGACGAUGAAUUAAGAGAAUACUGCAUUCAGGCCUUUGAAUCAUUUGUUAGAAGAUGUCCUAAGGAAGUGUAUCCUCAUGUUUCUACCAUUAUAAAUAUUUGUCUUAAAUAUCUUACCUAUGAUCCAAAUUAUAAUUAUGAUGAUGAAGAUGAAGAUGAAAAUGCUAUGGAUGCAGAUGGUGGAGAUGAUGAUGACCAAGGGAGUGAUGAUGAAUACAGUGAUGAUGAUGACAUGAGUUGGAAAGUGAGACGUGCCGCCGCAAAAUGUUUGGAUGCAGUAGUUAGCACAAGGCAUGAAAUGCUUCCAGAAUUUUACAAGACUGUCUCUCCUGCACUGAUAUCCAGAUUUAAAGAGCGAGAAGAGAAUGUGAAGGCAGAUGUUUUUCAUGCAUACCUUUCUCUUUUGAAGCAAACUCGUCCUGUACAAAGUUGGCUCUGUGACCCUGAUGCAAUGGAACAGGGAGAAACACCUUUAACAAUGCUUCAGAGUCAGGUUCCCAACAUUGUUAAAGCGCUGCACAAACAGAUGAAAGAAAAAAGUGUGAAGACCCGUCAGUGUUGUUUUAACAUGUUAACUGAACUAGUAAAUGUGUUACCUGGGGCCCUGACGCAGCACAUUCCUGUACUUGUACCAGGAAUCAUUUUCUCACUAAAUGAUAAAUCCAGUUCAUCGAAUUUGAAGAUUGAUGCUUUAUCGUGUUUGUAUGUAAUCCUCUGCAACCACUCUCCUCAAGUCUUCCAUCCUCAUGUUCAGGCUUUGGUCCCUCCAGUGGUGGCUUGUGUUGGAGACCCAUUUUACAAGAUCACAUCUGAAGCACUUCUCGUUACUCAACAGCUUGUAAAAGUAAUUCGUCCCUUAGAUCAAUCGUCCUCAUUUGAUGCUACUCCUUACAUCAAAGAUCUAUUUACCUGUACCAUUAAGAGACUAAAAGCAGCUGACAUUGAUCAGGAAGUCAAGGAAAGGGCUAUUUCGUGUAUGGGACAAAUUAUUUGCAACCUUGGAGACAAUCUGGGUUCUGAUUUACCUAAUACUCUUCAGAUUUUCUUGGAAAGGCUAAAGAAUGAAAUUACCCGCCUCACUACAGUAAAGGCAUUGACACUGAUUGCUGGGUCGCCUUUGAAGAUAGAUUUAAGGCCUGUCCUGGGAGAAGGAGUGCCUAUCUUGGCUUCAUUUCUCAGGAAAAACCAGAGAGCUUUGAAACUGGGUACACUUUCUGCCCUAGAUAUUUUAAUUAAAAACUAUAGUGACAGCUUGACAGCUGCCAUGAUUGAUGCAGUUCUAGAUGAGCUCCCUCCCCUUAUCAGCGAAAGUGAUAUGCAUGUUUCACAGAUGGCCAUCAGUUUUCUUACCACACUGGCAAAGGUUUAUCCCUCUUCCCUUUCAAAGAUAAGUGGAUCUAUUCUCAAUGAACUUAUUGGACUAGUGAGAUCACCCUUAUUGCAGGGUGGAGCUCUUAGUGCCAUGCUAGACUUUUUCCAGGCUCUGGUUGUCACUGGAACAAAUAAUCUAGGAUACAUGGAUUUAUUGCGUAUGCUGACAGGUCCUGUAUAUUCUCAAAGUACAGCUCUGACUCACAAGCAGUCUUACUAUUCCAUUGCCAAAUGUGUAGCUGCCCUAACUCGAGCUUGCCCAAAAGAAGGACCAGCGGUAGUAGGUCAGUUUAUCCAAGAUGUCAAGAACUCAAGAUCUACAGAUUCCAUUCGUCUCUUAGCUCUACUUUCUCUUGGAGAAGUAGGGCAUCAUAUUGACUUAAGUGGGCAGCUGGAACUAAAAUCUGUAAUACUAGAAGCCUUCUCAUCUCCUAGUGAGGAAGUCAAAUCAGCUGCAUCCUAUGCAUUAGGUAGCAUUAGUGUGGGCAACCUACCUGAAUAUUUGCCAUUUGUCUUGCAAGAAAUAACCAGUCAACCGAAAAGGCAGUAUCUUCUGCUUCAUUCUUUGAAGGAAAUUAUUAGCUCUGCAUCAGUGGUAGGCCUUAAACCAUACGUUGAAAACAUCUGGGCCUUGUUACUGAAGCACUGUGAGUGUGCAGAAGAAGGAACUAGAAAUGUUGUUGCUGAAUGUCUAGGCAAACUCACUCUAAUUGAUCCAGAAACUCUUCUUCCACGGCUUAAGGGGUAUUUGAUAUCAGGUUCAUCAUAUGCCCGGAGCUCAGUGGUUACAGCUGUGAAGUUCACUAUAUCUGAUCAUCCACAACCUAUUGAUCCACUACUAAAAAAUUGCAUAGGUGAUUUCCUAAAAACAUUGGAAGACCCAGAUUUGAAUGUACGAAGAGUAGCAUUGGUCACAUUCAACUCGGCAGCACAUAAUAAACCAUCAUUAAUAAGGGAUCUUCUAGAUACUGUUCUUCCACAUCUUUACAAUGAAACAAAAGUUAGAAAGGAGCUCAUAAGAGAGGUAGAAAUGGGUCCGUUUAAGCAUACAGUUGAUGAUGGCCUGGAUAUUAGAAAGGCAGCUUUUGAGUGCAUGUACACACUUCUAGACAGUUGUCUUGAUAGACUAGAUAUCUUUGAAUUUUUAAAUCAUGUUGAAGAUGGCUUAAAGGAUCAUUAUGAUAUUAAGAUGCUAACGUUUUUAAUGUUGGUACGACUAUCUACCCUUUGUCCCAGUGCAGUACUGCAGAGGUUGGACCGGCUUGUUGAGCCAUUACGUGCCACAUGUACAACUAAGGUAAAGGCAAACUCGGUAAAACAGGAAUUUGAAAAGCAAGAUGAACUAAAGCGAUCUGCCAUGAGAGCAGUAGCAGCACUGCUAACCAUUCCAGAAGCAGAGAAGAGUCCACUGAUGAGUGAAUUCCAGUCACAGAUCAGUUCUAACCCUGAACUAGCAGCCAUCUUUGAGAGUAUCCAAAAAGAUUCAUCAUCCGCUAACUUGGAAUCAAUGGACACUAGUUAGAUGUUUAUUCAACUUGGGGACCAUUACUUUGACCAUACAAUGCACUGAAUUGACAGGUUAAUCAUAAGACAUGGAAAGAGAAGUGUUUAAAAGCUUCAAAAUGUUCCAAUUUUUUUUCCUUCAUGGAGACGGUUUGGCUUCAUCCAUUGUUUUUGUAGCAUUUAUUUCAGAAACAUGUAUUUCCAUAAUCCAGAGGUUGUAAAACCACUAAUCUUUUAGUGGUUAGGGCAACAUUGAAACAGAAACUAAAAAUUAGGCUUUAUGGAGAAUGGAAAUAGGGUCCAGUAUCUAUUUGCCCUGUAAUGUUUAGGAUUAAAAUGUUAAAAUUUUGUGACCAUGAAUUUUUUUCUUUUAUAAAUUUUCUCUUAUUUGAAAAUCAAAAAUUCUGCAAGACAAAACCAUGUUUCCUUUUCUUGUAUAACUUGUUUCAGCAACAUAAAUUGAUUUUUAGCUGGGAGACUAUCUGUGUAAGAUUUGUUACAUUUCAGAGGGUUUGGCAGUUAAAAAAAUAUAUAAUAAGGUAUCAUCUUUAAGUAUGGGGAUUGAUGAUAUCCUUGUUGCACACACUAAUUUUGCAUGAACAAGUUUACAAAUAUAUAUUGUCUGUAAAGCA